AUGAAGCAAAUAUUUUCAUUUGCAUUAAUUUCACUCCUGUUAAAUUUACUACAUGCAUCACCGAUUGCAUCAAUUUGGGGAAAUUUACCAGAUAGCGCGGCGCAAUCGAUGAAAAGAUCGAUUUAUGGAUUGUAUCAUCACUUACCUGGUUACGCCUAUAAUGAACAACCUGAACCAGAAAUUUACGUAUUACCGCCAGCUUAUCGUUCCUGGACGAACUAA